CAAGGAAAUUAAUCAGGGAGGAAGUAAUCUGAAACUGACGGGGUAUGUGGCAGCUUGUGUCGUGACCUAGAAAACUCGGAUCCCAUAGCCCAAGACUCCCGUUCUGGGUCUAGUUUGUCCCCAGUCUUGAUCUGGUUUGCGUUUUCAGAAAGGAAGGAGACGCUCAGUGUUGCAGGACAGCACGGACGAGCACCAAACCGCAAAAGUCCCGGUUGUAGUUUUCGCAAGGAGUCCGGAAAAUAGGUCGGAAGAAGAGUCCGACACGGUCUCUCUCCCAGGAUUCCGAGCCCGUGGAACCACAACUCCCAGGAUUCCCCUCCUCUCGGCUGGCGUGGAAAUCCACCGGACCCGCCUGCCAGCCUUCCGAAGGGGAGGGUGACUCUCUGGAGCCCGCCCCUGAGCCUCGGCGGGUGGCCUGGGCGCUCGGAACGUGGUUGCUGCGGUUUCUGCUAACUGCGGCUGCAGGCGAGAGCCCGAGCGGUAGCCCAAGACCCCGGCAGGAUGCCUAUGCAUUUCGUCUUCUCCAAUGAGGUGGAGCUUCUCUUUGAUUUCUGGAGGGUUCACAGUCCAGCCGGCAUGGCUGUUUCUGUGCUGGUGGUCCUCCUCCUGGCCGUGCUGUACGAAAGCAUCAAAGUUGGCAAAGUGAAGUUGUUCCACUGGUCUCUGCUGCAUCUGCCCCCAAACCACAGCCAGCCGCUGACGGAGUGCACGGACCAGGAGUCUACAAACUCUGGGUCAGCCCAGACCGACGGUGACCGAACCAGGUGGUUCCUGAGUCACCUGGGCCAGUCUCUGAUACAUGUGGUCCAGGUGGUGGUUGGUUACUUUGUGAUGUUGGCUGUGAUGUCCUACAACACCUGGAUAUUCCUCGGCGUGAUCCUGGGCUCGGCCAUCGGUUACUACUUGGCCUACCCCCUCCUCAGUGUGGGCUAGGGGGCAGGCCUCGGGGGCCGCUCGGCACCCUGGAGAGCGCCCUCUCCUGUGCUUAUCGAGGAACCCCCCCCCUCAGAAGCGGGCCCUUCUCCACAGCUGCUCCCCCCUCAGCUCUCUUGUGUGGCCUCUGAGGGGAGGAACAGGGGUCUGUGGGCUGACCUGCCCUCCUCCCCAGGGUGGCCCCCACGGGGCUCCUCGGGAGAGGGGAGACAGCGGAUAUCCAUCAUGCAAUCUGCUCUUGGAUUUCCUGACUUGGAGAAGGCAGGCAGACCAUUUGAAAAGGGAUUGGGGGUGGGGCAAUGUUCUAGACAUGCUUUCCUUCUCUAUAUUGUGCCUUAGUUCCAAUGGAACAAGCCAUGCAGGGUUAAUUGCUCUCCUCUUCCCCUAUCUAUGGGAGAAGGGGCCAUGUCAGCUUUUCAAACUCGCCUCUCUGCCUUAGGAAUGCUAGGAAAUUGCGUGUGCGUGCGUGCCUGUGUGUGUGUGCGUGUGUUGAUCUGAGAUUCAUUUCCUCCAUUCCUUUUCUUCCCACCCCCUAAGCCCCAGGUCACUUGCACUGUGGGCACUAUCAGCACAAAUAAGGUUUUUUAAUGGAAUACCCUCCCAUUCUGUUCACAUUCAAAGCCUGGUGGUGUAGACUGAGUCCUGGUGGCGGAAUACUUGAAUUUGACUCCUGACCCUGAUACUUGGGAGAUUUGUCACUUUCCCACUCAAACAGAAUGGGUUAGAGUAAAUCCUUAAAAUAUUUUCCAGUUCCAAAUCUCUGGUCCAUUUGCUUCACUUUUCUGAGGGGACCCAAUGAACCAAUUAACUUAAAUGAUGCUGAAGGAGAUAUUUUGAGGGCUGAGGGGCAUGGGGACAUUUCGAAGGGCUGGGUCUCAAGUGCAGAAGACUACCCUUCCAGGAUGCUGUGAAAGGAAUGAUUCUGGGAUUCUUGGGUUAACUUUAACAAGUGCAUGUAGCCUGUUCGUGGCAGAUGCAGGAAUGUUACCCAGUGCUCCUGAUCCAGGUAGGGCCCCUUCGAUUGGACAGCACUGCCUGCUCACUGUCUAAAAGACAGUGGAGUUGUGUCAGGGAAGCAGGAUGGAUCUGGCCUUGCUAGUGUCAUUAUUGGUCUGGACACAUAUUGAUGACCUCCCUUUCCAUCAUCUUAUUCCAGUCCUUUUCUAAUUAAGAAAAAUGUCAGUGGCAUUUAAUAACCUUCAAGAUCUCAUUUUUCUUCAUUGUCUCCUCCUGUGAGCCGGGAGAGAAAACACUGGAUGUUCAUUUAAAAUAUUCAUUACCGUCCGAGUCUGCUGUUGGACAAAGAUUAAAUCAAACUUAAGCCAUUUGUUCCUUAAAGAACUUAUGAUCUAAAUAAAAAUAUAAUUUAUGUUUUGGCAUCUUAUUAGUACUUUUAAAAAAAUGUUACUUUGAUUAUGUCAUUUUGGGGAAGAGUAUGGCAAACAAAAAAAGACAUAAUAGCUAUGGAAGAAGAGCAGAACAGGUAUUGAAGGGAUAGAAAUAAUGAAUAAUAAAAAUAUAAUUUUAUAUAAUAACAAUGGCAAGAAUAAAAGAAAAUCUUAAGAUUAGUGGAAUUCAUUGCAAGUAAUGAAAUUUAUUUUGUUAAGCGAAUGGAGUUUCAGAUGUCAAGCUGGUCUAUCUACUUCAGGCUUUGCCUGGGGGUUUCCUAUUUCCUAAGGGUCAGCAGACAAGAGAUGAGUGUCCUUUAGGAGGAGAAAUGAGUUCUGAGAUGUCUCUAGAAACUGCCAAGACAUCAGUCUUUUGAUAUAGCUUCUUAAUGCUACUAUCUGUGGAUUAUAGAACAGAAAUGAAUCUUUUAACCCCCUGACUUUCUCAUGGUUCCCAAGGGGCAGGAGAGCAGGGAAGCUGUAUCAAGUUUCCAUGUAGAUAAUCUUAUCAGGGUAUUAGUAUGAUGGGAUUUCAUGGAUAUCAAUACAAUUUAUUCUCCCCAUCCCCAAAA